CGGAAACAAGAUGACGAAGGGGACGUCAUCGUUUGGGAAGCGUUGCAAUAAGACGCACACGCUGUGCCGCCGCUGUGGCUCGAAGGCCUACCACCUUCAGAAGUCCACCUGUGGCAAAUGCGGCUAUCCUGCCAAGCGCAAGAGAAAGUAUAACUGGAGUGCCAAGGCUAAAAGACGAAACACCACUGGGACCGGUCGAAUGAGGCACCUAAAAAUUGUAUACCGCAGAUUCAGGCAUGGAUUCCGUGAAGGAACAACACCUAAGCCCAAGAGGGCAGCUGUUGCAGCAUCCAGUUCAUCUUAAGGAUUUCAACGAUUAGUCACACAAUAAACGUUCUGGUUUUAAAAAAAAAUAAAAAAAUAAAAAAAUAAAAAUAAAUAAAAAAAAAAUAAA